ACAGGAUGUUAAACGAGAAGGAUUUUAGUGAAAAGUGUUCCGUGUAAAUAAAGCUUUGAAAUUACAGGAAUAUUGUACUUAAAGCAAUAGUUGUCAAAGAAAAAAAACGUAGCCUCGCACUGUAAUGACCAGUUUAAGACUUUUUUCAUUUUAAAUUUGUUUUCAUGAUUAUGUAACAAGCUCGCUGCGCUCGCUUUGUUGAAGUCCGUUCGAUGAAUGCAUGUAUCCACGCUAGGUUAAUUAUUUUACUGUGUAAUUAGUAAUUUGUAUAUGCAGCGUGCUUACAGAAUUACUUGUUCAGGCCGAUACUUUUGGCGUGUUUCUAUCACAUUAUAACAAAAUGCACCUAUGCAUUGCCUGUCCAGUUAUGUGAACGAAAGGGAGAACUCAAACCGUUGGAAUAUUCAUAAUAUUACGUUCUUUACGCUUUCGCCAUCAAUUAUUGAUUCGUUUUCGUUGUAUUGUCACUGAAGAUAUGCCGGAGAUUAAACUGAAACACGUUGUAUCCUGCAGCAGCGAGGAUAGUACUCACAAGGCGGAAAACCUGCUAAAUUCUGACACCUACAGGAAGUGGAAGGCAGCACGACCUGGGGAGAAACAAAUCUCCGUGAUUUUGCAGUUUGAGAAAGAGGAGCAUAUACAUAGCAUUGACAUUGGGAACGAGGGCUCUGCAUUUAUUGAGGUCUUGGUGGGGCACUCAACCUCCAUCAAGGACCAGGACUACGAGGUUUUGCUGGUUACGUCCUCCUUCAUGUCCCCUUCAGAGAGUCGCAAUGGCACCAACAGCAACAGAGUGCGCCUCUUUGGGCCCAAUCAGCUGGUAAAGGCCACAGCCCAGGAGAAAUGGGACCGGGUCAAGAUCAUAUGCAUGCAACCCUACAGCAAGAACAUUGCCUAUGGAGUUGCCUUUGUGAAGUUCCAUUCACCCCCAGACAAAAGUGACCCACCAGCAGCAACGCCUCCAUUGACAAAGUUGGGCCAGUUCCGGGUGAAGGAAGAGGCUCCCUCCACUAGCCCCAGUCUGCAGCCAGGCAGCCUUUUCCUCAGUCGGGACAGUGCCCCCAAGCUCAGUGCCAGUCCCAAGGUUUCACCUCAGAAGGAGAAACUCAGCUAUGCAGCUGCAGCAUUGCAGUCUGGUUCUGGGGGCAGUCAACCCCAGCCCACUGGCUCCAACAUUUCUUCUGUACAGACUUCAGCUAAAAGGAAGUUUGAGUUCAGUAAGGAACACCAUUCAGGUUCCAGUCAGCCCCUUGCCAAGAAAGCUAGCACCGUGGCCACAACUGAGCCUGGUGGUGGGGUACCCAAACAGCGGCCAAAACAAACAUCUGCAGGCAACUCAGGCUUGAACAAGAGUACUUCAGAACAGAAGAACCUAGAACUCAGUGAGAAAAGGGAGAGCCCAGCUAGACUGCAGUCAAGAACCAAAGUGCAGAACAAGCCCAGUGAGGUUGUGUCUGUGAAAAAGAUCCUGGAAGGUGUGGUGGUGGUGCUGAGUGGCUUUCAGAACCCCUUUCGGGGUGAGCUGCGUGACAAGGCAUUAAGCAUGGGAGCCCGAUACCGGCCAGACUGGACUCCAGACGCCACCCAUCUCAUCUGUGCUUUUGCCAACACUCCUAAGUACAGCCAGGUGAAAGCAGCAGGGGGCACUAUAGUACGGAAGGAGUGGGUGCUUGACUGCUACAAGAGGAAGCAAAAGAUAUCUUACAAACGGUACCUAAUGGAUGGAGCUGAGUCUAGCUCAGAGGAGAGCAGUGGGGAGAAAGAUGAAAGUGAAGAGGAACAAGUGAAAGGCAGCAUGCAAAAAGAGAGAAAACAGACCACCCCUAGGAAAUCAGACCAAGAAGGAAAGGCGGAGAAUGAGUAUGCAGGCUCCACUGAUGCAGAUGAACCAGGGAAUGAAGAUUCUGGAAUGGACACCGAAGAUGAACUGAAGAGAGCCAAAGGUGAGAGCCUGCAGAGGAGAGAUGAGAGGGAGGCCAGGGAAACUACAGGAGGCAGGAAUGCAGAUGUUUAUGGAGGCUCGACUGAUGAGAACACCGAUGCUGAGGCAGAGGAAGACAAGCCCAUCCCAGAGCUGCCAGAUUUCCUGACUGGAAAACGUUUUUUCCUCUUUGGCAAAUUCUCCCAGAAUGAGAGGCGCCUUUUGUUGAGAUGCAUCAUUGCCUUUAAUGGAGUGGUUGAAGAGUACAUGAGUGAUAAGGUGCAGUUUGUCAUCACUGCUGAGGGGUGGCACAGCUCCUUUGAGGAGGCCCUGAUAGAGAACUGCAGUCUGUGCUUUGUAAAGCCUACCUGGAUUUUUGCCAUCAAUGAUCGUCAGAAGAUGCUGCCUUACCAGCCCUAUACAGUUGUACCUUAACUAAAAGACUUGUUGCAAAGGCACACUUUGUUGUUGAUGAGAAAGCUUAGCAUACAAACCUUUAUGGUACUUCACAGAAUGCCCUGCCAUUUGAGAUGAGCAAUGUACUGCAGCACAGUGUUAGCUGUGGUAGACACAUUGCAACGUUUAUCAGGUUCAAGAGCUGUGCAUCUCAACCUGUCCCACAUACAUAGCACAGAACUCUCUGAAAACUUUUAUGUAUUUCUUUAAACCUGAUAUGGUUUGUUGUUUCAAGUUAGUAAAAAUUUCCCCCCCAAGCGGAGCUGACCAAUAAUCAAAAAAGGCUUCAUCUGUAACUAGGGAAUUGGGUUGGUUUACAGGUAAACAACCAGUGUUGUUUUGUGAAGGGAUCCAUGUCAGACAAAGAAAGCAAAAUUAGUAGCCUUGGGUUUCCUUUUUAAUUUUUAGACUCCUCUUUAACAACAAUACAUAUAUAUGGUUUGAAUUGUGGCCGAAGGCAGUGUUACUUGCAAAUAUUUUUGGAAGUCUGGAUAGUCCCAUUUUUGUGUUAAUUUUUUUUCUUGAAAGUUUUUAGAUAUUCCUGAAUUGUUUUAUUUGCAUUUCAGUCGUACAUUUCCUACCUUCUAGCUUGAUUAAAACUACACUUUUGAGAGAAA